GUUUGGCUUGGUGACGUUCGGCCAUGUUGUUUCUGAUACAGCAGAAGUCACAUCCAGGUCUGGACACGUUAGAGGCAGGAGGGAGGCGAGGACCGUUGGCUUUUAACACAGCCACUUGGAAAGGAUUUUAGUGUUCGGAUUAACCCAGGGGGCCAUCCCACAUUCCUUCUGGGGGCCCUCCCCCUCCCCUUCCCCCCAUCCUCAGGCAACCCCCCUGUCCUGUUGGGAUCAUCCCCUACCUUUUCUCUCCUGUCCCCCUCGACAUCAAACCAUCUUGUGCAGUAGAAUCUCUCCCACCAUCUCUGCCAAGCUGUCCGACAUGUCAGGACCCGUGCCAAGCCGGGCACGAGUGUACACGGAGGUCAACACUCACCGGCCCAGAGAGUACUGGGACUACGAGUCCCAUGUAGUUGAAUGGGGAAACCAGGACGACUUCCAGCUCGUGCGCAAGUUGGGACGUGGGAAGUACAGUGAAGUGUUUGAAGCCAUUAACAUUACUAAUAACGAGAAGGUUGUGGUUAAGAUCCUGAAGCCUGUGAAAAAGAAGAAAAUCAAGCGUGAGAUCAAGAUUUUGGAAAAUCUGCGUGGAGGUCCUAACAUAAUCUCCCUCAUUGAUAUCGUAAAAGAUCCUGUAUCCCGUACACCUGCCUUGGUCUUUGAGCAUGUCAACAACACGGACUUUAAGUUUCUGCACGAUGAGGACAUUGAUGUUAUGGACUGGCCUGCCCGUUCCCCAGACCUGAAUCCAAUUGAGCACAUCUGGGACAUCAUGUUUCGGUCAGUCCACCAAGGCCACGUUGCACCACAGACUGUUCAGGAGCUAACUGAUGCUCUAAUCCAGGUCUGGGAAGAGAUCCCUCAGGAGAACAUCUGCCGUCUCAUCAGGAGCCCAGGCGUUGUUGGGAGGUUCUACAGGCACGUGGAGACCACACACACUGAGCCUCAUUUAGACUUGUCUUGA